AUGACGCGCGCGUCCGUAGCAGACAGCGACCGCCGCCAUCAGGAGGUACUGGACAACAGCCCGGACAACACAUACGGAACUUUCUAUGGCCGCGUCACGCGCGACGGCAGUGAAGGCUCGCGCCUGCUGCGUAGACUGAGCGUUGGGGUCGUGCUGGUCGUGCUCGCGACCUUUGCGCUGCUCGGGAGCGUCGCAAGACCAGCGAAUACGGACGACGCUGUUGUCAAUGACAGCGACGACCUGACGACGCGUCGGCGUCGAUUCCAGUACGAAACCGACCGCCACAGCAACAGAACUGUCGGUCUCUCUACGCGCGAGAGCUCUUUUUUGGACAAUGUGGACACGAAACAGAUUCGAACGUAUCACAGGGCGUACGCCAGUGUGCCCCAUCCAGCGGGUAGUGAGCAGGACUACCAGACGGCGCUGUUUACUGCUGAGCAGUUUGCGUCGUUUGGGAUCAAAUCAGAGGUAGUCACGUACUACCCGCUGCUGUCGCUGCCUCUUCGUCGGCACGUGAGCAUUGUGUCGCCGGUGACGGCGGCGAGGACGUUGAAUCUGACUGAAGCGGCUGUGCCGGGCGAUUCGUGCACGAGCGAUGCAGGGGCAUUGCCGCCGUACCUUGGGUACUCGGCUUCCGGUAAUAUCACAGCAUCUGUCGUGUACGUGAAUUAUGCGAGGCCGGUGGAUUUCCAGUGGCUGAAGGAUCACAGUGUGACGCUAAAAGGCAAGAUCGCUCUUAUUCGUUAUGGAGGCAACUUUCGUGGACUAAAAGUCAUGUUGGCCGAGCAACAUGGUAUGGCUGGUGUGCUGAUCUACUCAGAUCCACUGGAUGACGGCUACGCGCAGGGACCAGUGUACCCAGAAGGCCCGUGGCGACCAGAGGGGUCGUUUCAGCGCGGAUCGGUGCAAUACAAUUCCAUUUACAGCGGCGACCCACUUACUCCCGGAUUUCCGUCGCUGCCAGGCGAGCCGUACUUGAGCAAGGAUGAAAGCAAGACGAUUUCGCAUAUUCCAGGACUUCCUCUUUCGUACGGUCAGGCUCGCUACAUUCUCGAGUCAUUAGGUGGCAUGCAGGCCCCCGAAUCUUGGCAAGGCGCCCUGCAGCUUGCUAAUGGUGGCUACUUUGUAGGCGACGAUGAAGGUACCGUUGUAAACCUGGAUGUGAUCAUGGACAACAGUAUUGGACCUAUCUGGGACGUCAUUGGUACCAUUGAAGGCACCGAAGAGCCCGACCAGAUGGUUUUGAUCGGGAACCACCGCGAUGCUUGGGUAUGCGGAGCCGUGGACCCAUCCAGCGCGUCGGCAGUCAUGCUGGAAAUUGCUCGCGGAUUAGGCGAUUUGCUCGAGAAAGGCUGGAAGCCACGCCGUACUCUUGUUAUCGCUUCAUGGGAUGGCGAGGAGUUGGGUUUGCUUGGCAGCACAGAGUUUGCUGAGGACCAUGCAGAGGUCCUGAGAAAGCAAGCUGUAGCGUAUGUCAACGUCGACAACGUUGUAGGUCCAUUUGUCAGCUCGGGAGGUACACCCUCUGUUGCGAAAUUUCUGCUGGACACGGCCCGGCUUAUUCCAGGCAACUCGUUUUACGGCACCGAUGUCACGGAAAACUUGUACGAACAGUGGGUGAGCCAGACUAUUUCGCGACGGUCUCGUCAUGACGCUGGCGCUGAUGACGGCUCGUUGGCUCCAGAUCACCUGAUCCAGUUCCUAGGCACAGGCACCGAUUUUACAGCCUUUUAUCAACAUCUUGGCAUCAUCUCGGCCAAUUUGGGUUACAACUUUGGCAGUGCGAUGUACGGCACAUAUCACAGCACUAUGGACAGCAUUGCGUACGUGGAACGUGUAGGGGAUCCACACUAUGCGACGCAUACUACGAUGGCAAAAUGGUGGGGCCUCAUCACUUUGCGCUUGGUGGACAACGCUAUCAUCCCGUUUGAUUACUCUACUUACGGGCUGGUGAUGCAGGAAGAUUUGACUCAAUACGAGAACGCCACAGCAGCCAUGGGACGUAACGUAGACUACUCGGUACUACACAGAGCGAUUGAAAGAUUUAGCAGCGAUGCCGAUGCGUUCCAGGCGCACGUGGCUGAAGUCACGCAGUCGACCACAAUCAUGAAAGCGAGCAACAAGUCGGAGAUAGAACGUCGCGUUCUGAACCAAAAACUUGCGAGCCUUGAGCGCUACUUGAUUUCUGGCACCGGGCUACCUCACCGGCCGUGGUUCAAGCACAUGAUUUUUGGGCCCGGCUUCUACGAAGGCUACAAGGGCGCUGCAUUUCCUGGCAUCUCGGACAGCAUCGUCUUUGACGAUGACAACGCUGCCAUUCAAGCCCAUGUGAAUGAUCUCGCUGUUGUCAUCAACGCAGCGGCAGAGUAUUUGAUGUCUGCAUAG